AUCUUCAUGGAAGCCCAAGAAUUUUAGCGGGAAAAGGGUUUCACGAAGCUCAGUUGGAAUCGGAGAAAGAACAAUGGCGGCAGAACAAGAUGGCGGUGUCGACGAAGUGGUGGAGGAAUUCUCCAUCUGGAAGAAGAACUCUCCAUACUUGUACGAUCUUCUCAUUUCCCACUCGCUUGAAUGGCCAUCUCUCACCGUCGAUUGGGUUCCAUCCGCCCCAUUUCCUCACCAGGCCAACCCAUCUCUCGCCGUCCACAAGCUCGUCCUUGGAACCCACACAUCGGAGGACGUUCCCAAUUUCCUCAUGGUGGCCGAUGCUAUUUUGCCCGUCAAAGCAUCCGAAACCAGAAUCGACAUUAGUGGGGAAAACCCCAUUAUGCCAAAGAUAGAGAUAACCCAGAAGAUACGUGUUGAAGGGGAGGUGAAUAGAGCGCGAUGCAUGCCGCAGAGCCCAGAAAUUGUUGGUUCAAAAACGAGUGGUUGCGAGGUGUAUGUUUUCAAUUGUGCUAAACACGGGGAGAAGGCUCAGGGAGCUGAGUGCGAUCCUGAUUUGAGAUUGAGGGGUCAUGAUAAAGAGGGUUAUGGAUUAUCUUGGAGCCCGUUUAAGGAGGGUUACCUCUUAAGUGGCUCAAAUGAUCAGAAAAUCUGUUUGUGGGACGUGUCUUCCAUGGCCGACAAGAAUGUGCUUGAUGCAAUGCACGUUUAUGAGGCUCAUGAAAGCGUCGUCGGUGACGUGUCAUGGCAUUUGAAGAAUGAGAACUUGUUCGGAUCUGUAGGCGAUGAUUGCUUGUUGGUGAUAUGGGAUUUGCGCACAAACAAAUCUGUGGAUUCUGUUCGAGCUCACGAGGAGGAGGUGAACUAUGUUUCUUUCAAUCCAUAUAAUGAAUGGAUUUUAGCAACGGCGUCAUCAGAUACCACGGUGGGUCUGUUUGAUCUGCGGAAGCUCGCUGAACCACUGCACGCUCUUAGCAGCCACACGGAGGGAGUGUUUCAAGUGGAGUGGGAUCCGAAUCAUGAAACAGUGUUGGCAUCUUCUGGUGAUGAUAGAAGGUUGAUGGUGUGGGAUCUAAACAAUAUAGGAAAUGAGCAAGAUGGAGAUGCUGAAGAUGGGCCUCCAGAGCUGUUGUUUUCACAUGGAGGACACAAGACUAAAAUAUCAGACUUCAGUUGGAACAGCAAUGAGCCAUGGGUCAUUUCAAGCGUGGCUGAAGAUAAUUCAGUUCAGGUUUGGCAAAUGGCCAAAAGUAUUUACCGAUGACAUUUACUACCCAAAGUUUAUUAGAUCCAUUUCUCAACUUAUUUAUCUUAAAGGUUUUUAUUAGAUCUAUUGCUCAACUUAUUUAUCUAGGUUUUCAGAUAAUAUUAGGUUGUUGUCAUCUUCUUCUUGUGUCGCUUGUAUCAGUGUAUUUUAUGUUUUUGUUGCUGUUUGGACAAAGAUUUUCUCAAUUACCAACACAGUACUAAUUUGCCUAU